GCACCGUGCCGCUCACGGCCACAGCCAGUCGCGUCCCGUCGUCAGCGGCGCAGCCAUGCGGUCCUGGUGCCUGGUUCUGGUUAGCGCCGUCCUGCUGGGGCCGGCCGGCGCGCUCCAGACGCCUCUGGGCCAGUUCUUCCCCGAGGUGCCGCCCCACCAGGCGUCCCCCGAUGCCGGAGAUGCGCUCUUCCUCACGCCCUACAUCCGCGCCGGCAAACUGGAGCAGGGACGGAAGAUGGCGCGCGUGAACGGCCUGCAGACGGACGUCAGCAGCUUCGCCGGCCUGCUGACCGUCAACUCGACGCACAACUCCAACAUGUUCUUCUGGUUCUUCCCGGCCAAGAGCGGCGCCGCCGACGCGCCGGUGGUCCUCUGGCUGCAGGGCGGACCGGGAGGAUCGAGCCUGUUCGGCCUGUUCGUCGAGAACGGUCCGUUCAGCGUGGACGCCGCCAUGCGGCUCCACCCUCGCCAGUACUCGUGGCACAACACGCACAGCGUGCUCUACAUCGACAACCCGGUCGGCACCGGCUUCAGCUUUACCGAGAGCGACGACGGCUACGCCAACAACGAGGACGACGUCGCCAGGGACCUGUACGCGGCGCUCGACCAGUUCUUCACGCUCUUCGACAGCUACCGCGCCAACGACUUCUACAUCACCGGCGAGUCGUACGCCGGCAAGUACGUGCCGGCCAUCUCCUACAAGAUCCACCAGGAAAACCAGUCCGCCAAGCGCAAGAUCAAUCUCAAGGGCCUGGCGAUCGGUGACGGUCUGUGCGACCCCAUCAACCAGCUGGACUACGGACACUUCCUCUACAACGUCGGCCUCGUCUCGGCGCGCGUCCGCGACCAGCUACUGGAGCUCCAGAACGAAACAGCAGACUUCAUCAAGAACGGCCAGUUCAAAGAGGCAUCGGCCAGAUUUGAUGAAGCCAUGGGGGUCUACGAGCAGAUCACUGGACUUAAAUUUGUCUACAACUACCUCCUUCAAUCGACCCCGGUCGAGUUUUCCUACUACCCUACCUUUGUGACCUCUUCGGCGACUCGAGCAGCCAUUCAUGUCGGCACCCUCGCUUACAACGACGGCUCGGAUGUCGCCAUGCACCUGGAGGGCGACAUCAUGCGUACGGUUCGUGACAAGAUCGCGGCGCUGCUGGACGCCGACUACAACGUCCUCAUCUACAACGGCCAGAUGGACGUCAUCAUCGACUACAUCGGCACGGAGCAGAUGGUGCGGGAGCUGCCCUGGAAGGGCCGCGACCAGUUCGUCCAGUCCAAGAGGCACGUCUGGUACGUCGGCGACGAGGUGGCCGGCUACGAGCGACACGCCGGCGCCCUGACCCAGGUCAUGGUGCGUAACGCCGGCCACAUCCUGCCGUUCGACCAGCCCAAGUGGGCCUACGACAUGAUCAGCAGGUUCACCUCGGAGAAGAGAUUCGCCUGAGCCUUGACAGACAGCGACUUCCUGAUGUCCGUCAUACACAUACCAAGCACGAAGUUGUUGCCCCAAUGUGUGAGACGUGAUAAAAGUAAGUACUGAAGUACUGAAAUACUAAGCCCGUUGAAAUGCUGGGUAAUGUAUAUAAUUUGUGGUGCGUUUGAGGCUUUCGUGCGUUGAGCGUGAAAUGAUGAAGAACGUUUCUGAACAUCUAUGUCUUGUGUAAGUGCACCAUGCUUGUACCAAUAUUUUCAAUAAACCAUAAUCCCAAAGGACCAA